AUGCGCAGUUCAGCAUCAGCAUCAGUGUACAGACUAGCGUUUCGGUUUAUGAAAGAAAGAAAACAGACAAAACAUGGCACCCAGCCGAGGAGCAGACACACGAUGCAGAACUACACCAUCCCGUUAUCUUAAGUACACACAUGACUAGAUAAGGAGGACUAACGUUAGUUAAACCGACUAACCGCACCUCCUGAGCGCGAUUGAACUGUGAGAGGAAGUUGACACAACUUAAAACAAGAGACAGUCUGUCAAAACUCGCAUGUUAAGAUGGGUUGGACGUGUUUUUCUGUGCUGCUGAUAUGGAUUUCAUGUGUUUGUUCAACAAAGGUGCAUUAUAAUGCUCGAGUGACGGUGAAAAAUGAAGGUAUAACCAGAUAUUCUUUUGAAAACCACCAGAGUGGUUUGGUUAAGCUGGUCAGCACUUCUGGUAGCAAAAUCAUCUGGGUGGGAGGAAACGAGUCCCUCUAUUCCAUCAAACCAGCACAAGACUCCAAACCCAAACUGGUGGAUGUGAACCUUUGUAAGGAUGAAAGUAAAGAUUCAGACAAUUCAGAGUGUGCAUACAGGCUCUCUCUGCUCAGUCCGGGCGCUAAAGGAAAUCUGUUCUUCUGUGGGUCGGUUCAUGAAAAUACGAAGUGCUGUUACAUGAACUCCGAUUAUUCCAUGACUGACUGCUUCAGAUUAGAAAAUUAUGAGCCAAAUAUUAAUGAGCCGUCAUUACUCGUUGAUGAUAUGCUGUACUUCACUAAGUCUGAGAUAGGAUUGUACAGGAUAAGCAAGGACAAAAAUUACAACAUUUGGUCUCAGGCGCCUCAAAUGGAGCAAAAGUAUUUGAAGCUGAUCGCUGGUAAAGGCAAAAACGAGGGCAAAAUUUAUUCCUUCUUCGCAGAGAAACACAAAAGUGAAGACCAGUGGAUUCCACGAGUCUCUCAGAGCUGCAUGAAUGACAGAGGCGGUCGUAAGGGUCAUCUUCAGAACAGCUGGACGUCCAUGAUUUACGCCCGUCUGUUCUGUGGGAGUGGAUAUGAGUUCAGUCAACUGAUAGAUGUGGCCACACUCGAAACAGACAACGACAUCAAAAUUUAUGCGCUUUUCAGAAACUAUUGGAACAUGAGUGCUGUGUGCGUCUAUAACAUGACAAAAAUCAGCGCUAUCUUCAAUUCCUCUCAAUUCAACUCCAACAAAGAUCAUACAAAACAUCGGCCUGGAACGUGUGUCAAUGACAGUACUACGCUAAGCGAUGACGUGCUGACGUUUAUGAAGGAGCGUCCCGAGAUGAAGGAUUGGGUGAUGCCAGAGAACGGCCCCCUGCUGUUCAAACAUUGUCAUUACACUCACAUCCAGGUGGACCGACAACAAAACAACACUGUCCUGCUUCUGUCUCUAGAAAGUGGAAGGGUCCAUAAAGUCCUGGAAAAGUCAGUUUUUAUCAUUGCGGAGUAUCUGCCGUUUCCACAUGGGACACACAUCACCAGCAUGCUGCUGGACGCUUCUGAGAAGCGUCUGUUUGUGAGUUCCAGUAAUGAGGUUGUUCAGAUUGACCUUAAGGCAUGUCAUGUGUACGGAGAUGAUUGUACUGAAUGCUUGUUAUCGCGAGACCCCUACUGCGGUUGGAACAGUUUUCACUGCACCUUCACAGAAAAAAAUCAAGUUGCCAACUCCCACAUUUGCAGUCCAGCUUUAGCCGCACCAUCAAAGACUGAAAUUGGUGCCGAGACAUCAGUGGUUCAUGUCCCACCGUCCUCUAGACACUUCCUGCUCUGCCCGAUGACAUCACAUCACGCUACAUACCACUGGCUCCACGGUAACACGCACGAGGAGUGCGUUCGUUCAGAUCAGGGCUGUUUGUAUCUCAUUGAAAGCAUGAACAAGACUCAUGAAGGGUCGUACAUCUGUGUGUCUUCAGAGGACAUCUAUCAGAAGACCUAUAAGAAGACCGUCGCUCAAUAUCAGCUCAGCAUGAGCCGGUCAGACGCUCACCGUGUCGCUCCAAUAGUGUUACCGUGCUUGUUACUUCUGCUCACAGUGCCUUACUUCCUGUUAUAGACUUUUGAAAGUAUUAUCUGAUCCUGAAGUCACUAUCAAGUCACCUUUAUUUCUAUAGUGCUUAACACAAUAGAGAUUGUGACAAACAGGAAUACAAUGUUCAAUGAUGCAAGCAGAAUUCAGCUCUAGAAAGACAAUAGCAUCAUUGUUCAGCUGAAAAAUUGUCCACAUCCUGUUUAAUAAUAUUAUAUUUAUUGAUUAUUAUUAUUGCCAGAGCUAUUAAUAUUUUUCAUUUUAAAGAAAGUUUAUACAGAUUUAGCUUUCUAUACAAAAACUCGCACUGAUGAAUCAUUCACAAAGAGACCAGCAAACGAGGUAAACACUCCGACAUACACCAGAUAUUUACAGUAUAUGAAAUGUGCAAUAUGAGUGUCCAGUUUGUCAUCAGUCACAAGAGUAUGAAAACACACGAGGUUGAUGUGGGAGAGAAUCAGUUUGGAUUUGAUGAUUCCACAUCAUUUUUACAGGAUGUGGAGAGAUUAUAUAUAUUGUUGUUUUCACGAUCAGCGGUGUUUGUCACGUGAUCUACCAGGCAAAUAUUUGGACGCAAACUCAAUGUACAUUCCUCGUGAUCUUACAAACCCUUUUGAUCUAAACGAGUUACAUUAGUUUAGUAGACAAAAAUAAAUUAUUAAACAUUAAAUAAAUAAAACUGAGAACUAGACGAAGCUCAAAUGUGAGAGUUUUCAUUUGCAUCAUGUUUAUUAACGCACUUUUAUUCGAACAUGAGCAAAUGAAGAACGAGUCGAUGUGGCUGAACGUUUUACUGCAUGUUAAACAUUAUUUGUGUGAUUGUUACUCAUAUGUACUAGUGUUUAAGACUAACAAUCUGUCAUUUAGGAUUAUUAAAUAUAGAUAAAACUAGUAAGAGCAUUUCAUUGGAUCAUUCCAACAUCGACAGCAGCCACAAGAUUUUUUUAUUUUGUAAUGCCUAAGUUACAUUAGAUAAUGAAAUAUCAAUUCAAGUCUUAUUUUGGGUAAAGAAAGAGCGUUGAAGAUUGUGAAACACUGUGGUUUAUGAACGUUUCACAACCAGUGUCACUUCAUUAGAGUUUCGAUUGUAAAGUGUUGUUUAACAAAAAUCAAUUGUUCAGUACAGACUGACGCCUCAAACAUUAUACAGUGAUUCAGACUGUAAUGUAUUGUCUGUGUUUGUAUGAAGUGAUGCGAUUGAGUCAUAUUUAUUUUGUGUAGGAUGUGAAUGUGCAUUAAGGAGGUUAUGAAUAGAGAGCUUGUCUUAACCACUGUGACUAGCCUGUUUAUACAUAGAACCAUGUGUGUAAACUUUGCCAAAAGAUGUUUAUUUUUUCCUUUUUAAACUUGCUGAUUUGUAUUUUUAUAUUUAUUGCACUGUGAACUUCCACUUUUGAGAUCUGUAAAAUGUUCUGAUAAAUCAGAGUAACAUGAGCAUCUGCUGGAGGACAUGUAAAAUGAGGAAGCGAAGGUCGAACACGCCCAGCGUUAAAGGUCAUGAAACUGGAAUGAACGUCUUUACAUGUGAUGAUGAUGAUCAAUUAGUCAGUCAUUUAUUCCCUCAGUGUUGGAGGAUUCACCUUUUUACACACUGACUUCUGUGAAAGGUAUCUGAUUAAAGACUAAGUAAAACCUUGAA